UUAGAAAUCCUUCAUUUUGCUUAGAAUCAUACCAAGGGAACUUUGGUUCAUCUGACCAGGCGGACAGCCAUGGUUCACUAUCUCAUCAUUUAGAAUUGCCAUGUCGUGUCUGCCAAUAUUAUCUGAUGCUGGCAUAAGAGUGCAAUUACUGACCUUUGUUGUUAUCACACACCCUGUAUGUGUUUUACUCCUCAACCAAAGUUGUUGCUUAUUUCCGUGUUUCACAAAUAACAGUUUAACUGCAGCGAGCCAACGCUAAUACUGAAGGAACUGAGGUUUCCAUUUGAUUGGUGAUAUGCAAAUAAAAGAAAAUUCUAUUGGCCUGUGAGGCAGGAAGUGGCCAGAAAAAAACAAUCUGGUUUGAAACAAGGAAGUAGCACUGUGUAUUUAAUUUCGUAAGGUGAACCAGUCCUGGCAGCUGCGUCAACUUUCUGUUUUAUUUUCUUAAAAAUCUCUAGUAUUGCUUCAUUUAAUGAUCCUGCUGAAGGAAUAUGGAUGUAAAUAAGGUUUCGUGAAAUGUUUAUCCAUAUUUUUUGUUAAUGCUGUUGCUGAAACCUGCUACAGAUGCCAUUCAACCGUGGAGACUCUAUUGUGACCUUCAACUUAAUUCAAGCCUCUAUUGCACAAUAGACUUGGUGGUCAUAAUUUCUCUUGAAUUGGAAAGCUGGGAAUCCAAGCGGAAUCUCGCUCUGUGGACUACAGAUGUUCAAGAUUUUUGGGGAUGUUUUAUUGUCGUUCAAAAUCAAAGGAAAGAAAGGUCGUGUAGUGGAACGUGUGUCAGAGACGGCAGCGGAUGAACCACGGGUGCUGUGUAUCAUACAGGACACCACUAAUGCCAAGGUGGUCACUCAGCGGCUCACUCUUAACCUUCCUGCAUCAACUCCACUCAAACAGCUGUUCGAGGACGUCUCGGCUAAAGCAGGCUACAUCAAUGCCACCUUCGAGUUAGUCUGGAGCAAUGGUCUGAACAACCCUGACCAGUGCCCCCUGGAUUACACCAGUGAAAAAUCUCUCACUGAAUCUGGAUUUGAACCAGGAAAGAAAAACUUCCUUCAACUUACAGAUAAAAAUGGAGAGCAGCCCCAAUUUGCAUCGGAUGAAUCUGGUACAGCAGAAAGCAGUGGACAGGAGGACAUCACGCAGAAGAGGAUCAUUGGCCCUCAGCUGAGGGAAAGCUCUGUGGGCUGUGGAGAUUACAGUAAUCACAGCUACUCGUACUCUCCCAUCCUGGGGAAGUCAGAAACCGGAUAUGUGGGAUUGGUAAAUCAAGCCAUGACCUGCUAUCUGAACAGCUUGCUGCAGACGCUCUUUAUGACUCCAGAAUUUAGGAAUGCACUAUACAGGUGGGAGUUUGAAGAAUGUGAGGAAGAUCGGGUGACCAACAUUCCAUACCAACUCCAAAGACUCUUUGUUUUGUUGCAAACGAGUAAAAAAAGAGCAGUGGAAACAACAGAUGUGACCCGGAGCUUUGGUUGGGAUAGCAGUGAAGCCUGGCAGCAGCAUGACGUUCAAGAACUGUGCAGAGUUAUGUUUGAUGCACUCGAGCAAAAAUGGAAGCAAACGGAACAGGCUGACCUCAUUAACCAGCUGUACCAAGGAAAAUUGAAGGAUUACGUCAGGUGUCUUGAGUGUGGCUACGAGAGCUGGAGAAUCGAUACGUACCUCGAUAUCCCACUGGUGAUCAGACCUUAUGGUUCCAGCCUGGCGUUUAACAGUGUGGAAGAAGCUUUGCAAGCAUUUGUCCAGCCUGAGACUCUGCAUGGACCCAACCAAUAUUUCUGUGAACGCUGCAAGAAAAAAUGUGAUGCACGCAAGGGACUGAAGUUCCUGCAUUUCCCAUACUUACUGACACUGCAACUUAAGCGGUUUGAUUUUGACUACACCACCAUGCACCGAAUAAAGCUGAAUGAUCGGAUGACGUUUCCUGCCGAGCUGGACAUGAGUCCUUUCAUAGAUGUGGAAGAUGAAAAAUCUCCUCAGACCGAGAGCUGCACGGACAGUGGUGCUGAAAAUGAAGGGAGCUGUCACAGUGACCAGUUGAGCAAUGACUUCUCAAACGAUGAUGUUGUGGAUGAAGGGAUCUGCCUGGACAGCAACAGUACCAGUGAUAAGACAUCAAAGGCAGGGAACGAAAAGAAUGGUUGGAUCUACGAACUCUUCUCGGUAAUGGUUCAUUCAGGGAGCGCUGCUGGUGGACAUUACUACGCCUGUAUAAAAUCUUUCGGUGACGGACAGUGGUAUAGUUUCAAUGAUCAACAUGUGAGCAGGAUUACUCAAGAUGAUAUUCGGAAAACCUACGGCGGCUCUCCAGUGACCAGAGGCUAUUACUCCAGCGCCUUUGCUAGCUCAACCAACGCGUACAUGUUAAUUUACAGACAAAAGGAGUCGACGAAGAAUGCAAAGUUCUUGGAGGUGCAUGAUUUUCCAAAGCAUAUUCAACACCUGGUCCAAAAGGAGAAGGAAUCAGAAGAGCAAGAAAAAAGACAGAAAGAAAUUGAACGCAAUACAUGCAAGAUCAAGAUUUUCUGCAUUCACCCCAUGAGACAGACAAUGAUGGAGAACAAACUGGAGGUCCACAAGGACAAAACGUUACGGGAAGCUGUGGAGAUAGCGUACAAGCUGAUGGAACUAGAAGGUGUGCUUCCGCUCGACUGCUGCCGGCUGGUCAAGUACGACGAGUUUCACGAUUACCUGGAGCGUUCAUACGAGGGAGAAGAGGAGACCCCUGUGGGGAUGCUGCUGGGUGGAGUCAAGUCAUCGUACAUGUUUGACUUGCUGCUGGAGACGAGGCGGCCGGAGCAGAACUUUCAACCGUACAAGUCGGGAGAAGUGAUGGUGAAGGUGCACGUGGUUGACCUGAAGACAGAAACCCUGGCUCCACCCGUCAAUGUUCGGGCCUACCUCAACCAAACUGUGGCCGAGUUCAAACAGAUCAUUUCCCAGGCAACAGGACUCUCUGCUGAACACAUGCGCAUCGUACUGGAGCGCUGUUGCAAUGAUCUGCGGCUGCUCCAUGUGCCCAGCAAAACGCUGAAGGCUGAAGGAUUCUUCAGGAGUAACAAGAUAUUUGUUGAAAGCUUGGACACGCAGGAUAAUCAGGCACCGUUCACCGAAUCACAGCUCUGGCAUCUACUGGACCAGCAUGCCAACACCAUUCGGCUUUACGUGUCGUUGCCAGAACAAUCACCAGUGUCCCAAGGGCUGCAUCAAAAAGCUGCCGGAGACCCAGUCAAUCUAGAAGGCAGCUGUGAGUCUGCAGGAACAUCUUCUGCUUGCAGGAAACCCGUGGAAGCCAUUUUGGAGGAGAGCACCGAGAGACUGAAGAACCUUUCACUGUUGCAGCACCAGCAACAGUUGUCCUGCACUUUGGGAGGGAAUGGUGAUGGGAUGAAAAGUGCUGAAGGCAGUGACUUUGAGACCAUCGAAUCCCCGUCGCAAGAGACUGAAUUGUCGGCCUCUGUGGACAACAGGGAAUUGGAAAACCGGAUUCCCUCCUCCGAUGCCGAGGUCCCGCUGCAGUCUGAGGAGAAGUCCGAUUCGGACGUAAACAACGACAGGAGCACUAGCUCCGUGGAUAGCGAUAUCCUCAGCUCCAGCCACAGCAGCGACACUUUGUGCAACGCAGACACGGCCCCCAUUUCCCUGAGCAAUGGCCUGGACUCUCACAGCAUCACAUACAGCCGCCGCUCGAAGGCUAGCGAAGGGAAGAAGGAGACCUGGGACACGGCGGAGGAGGACUCGGGAACAGACAGCGAGUACGACGAGAAUGGGAAGUGCCGAGGAUUAGCGCGGUACAUUUACUUCAGAGCAGAGCACUGCACAUCUGAAGAUGGAUCAGGUGAUGGACAGAAAAAUUUGUUGGUGCUUGUUGACAAGCGUAUCACGCUGGCUGCAUUCAAGCAACAGUUAGAACCGUACAUUGGAGUUCCAUCAUCCCAGUUUAAGAUAUUCCGAGUCUAUGCUAAUAGCCAGGAGUUUGAAAGUGUCCGAUUAAAUGAAACACUUUCGUCAUUCUCUGAUGACAACAAGAUAACCAUUCGACUUGGACGAGCUCUACGGAAAGGAGAAUAUCGUGUUAAAGUCUUCCAACUCCUGGUGAAUGAUCCAGAGCCUUGUAAAUUUCUCCUCGAUGCUGUGUUUGCUAAAGGCAUGACAGUGCGUCAGUCAAAGGAGGAGCUGCUGCCCCAGCUGAGAGAGCAAUGUGGGCUGGAUCUCAGCAUAGACAGGUUUAGACUGAGGAAGAAAACCUGGAAGAAUCCUGGAACAAUCUUUCUGGACUAUCACGUCUAUGAGAACGACAUCAACAUCUCCAGCAACUGGGAAGUUUUCCUUGAAGCACUUAAUGAAGCUGAGAAGAUGAAAUCCCUGUCCCAGCUGGCAGUACUGACCAGACGAUGGAAGCCGUCGCAGAUGAAGCUCGACCCUUUCCAAGAGGUUGUCCUGGAAAGCAGCAGUGUUGAGGAGCUGAAGGAGAAGUUACACGCAAUAAGUGAGAUUCCCAUGGAAAAUAUAGAAUUUGCCAAGGGCAGGGGAACAUUUCCCUGUGACAUUUCAGUGCUGGAGGUUCACCAGGAUUUGGACUGGAAUCCCAAAGUGACGACCCUGAAUGUCUGGCCACUUUACAUCUGUGACGACGGAGCAGUCAUCUUCUACAGGGACAAGACGGAGCAGCUGAUGGACCUGACGGAAGAGCAACGCAGCGGGCUACUGAAGAAAGAGAGCAGCCGCCUGCAGAAGUUGGGCCACCGGGUCAACUACUCUCCCCGCAAGGAGAAAGCACUGAAGAUCUAUUUGGACAGCGGCCCCAGUAAAGACUCCAGCCAGGACUGACACCCUGCCUGGCUUGGCCCAGCUCAGUCCUGCUGAUCAAACGGAACCGAAUCACCACUGCUGCGUAGAACUUCUGUGGCUGCCCCCUUCUUUAUUAGGUCUACCUAAUGACACCAGCACUGAAUGGCACAAUGCCCACCAAUCACAAGCCCAAUGGGGAAGACUGGCGCUGAAUCAUGUUGUGCACUGUAGUCUACUGGGCUGUAAACUUCAAAAGGGUGUGCAAACCACAAGGAAGAGAUUGAAUAUAACCUGGGCUAUGCACACACUCGCUGGAAAAGCUAGACCCCCUUCGCAAAAGGGAUUUUGUAGCUGAAUAAAAGCUGUGCAGUCCGAAGAAUUUGUCAUUUAUUUUAUUCACGUCUGAGCACGUUUCUCAUUGAUGAAUUAUAAAAUAAGACGUACUAUAUAUGGGAUAGGGAGGGAGUGUCAUUAGAACUGGAGGCAAGAGCAUGGUUCGGAACCAAAUGAAUGAGUGUUCUCCGCGACUUUUGCUUGGCUUGGAGUUCCGUGCUUGUGGUUUUUAAGAACCUGUGCCCUUGUGUGCUGUCAGAGACGUGAUUGUAACUUAUUUCAUUGGUCCCCGGUUUUGGUUUUAAGGAUCCGGCUGGCCGAUGUUGAGUUGCAGCUUGGCGGAUACGGUCAGGGUGGAGAUGUCCCACCCUGUUUGCCUCAGGUACACACACCAUGCUACACCCCGCCUGUGGUGCACUCCUACAGGGCUGCUCACUACUGUGUUUUUUCGGGUUUUUUUUCUUGUCUGUUUGGUUGAUAUUUGGACACUGAUGACUUUUCUGCCUUUGUUAAUUACCUUGGUUUUAAUCGUCUCCUAAAUCCACCUUGGGUUUCAAUUAUGUAUGCUGAACCUUUUGUGACCCAGCGUCAAAUGGUUUCAUUGGUUUGUGAAUCUUACUCCACGAGGAAAUGUAGAUUGAUUAUCAUUUUAUGCUGUAUUUAAUUCACUUGACAGAAUAGGGAAGUUCGUUCUCUUUAAGUGUGAAUUUAUUUCAAUCAGCUCAAAGAAAAGGAAGCAGUUGAAACAAUACUCAUGUUGAAAGGUUGGAAUCGGGUCAAACACUGUUCAGGGAAGUGGAACCUCCACCCAUGCAAACCCUCCACCACUGUUUUCCUUUGAACUUCGCAGGAGUUCCCAGUUUUUAAUGAGGCAAAUGGAUCAUCAAAAAUGCAUUUUGGUGAAUAUUUUUUCAUACCCGAUGCUGUUCAUAAAUGAGUAACAUGCCAAUAAAACAUUUAUUCAUUCUA